GGCCAAAUACGGGCCGCGCCUUAUGAUCGACCAUUGUUCUGGCCCCACGACCAGCGACAAUACCGCCCCGACAACCAAGUGCAGCCUGUGCCUUCAUCUAGAAACAUUGUUAUCAACAUGAGCACGCAUUCAAGGACUCCGCAGCAUACUCUCGACGUUCUUGAACACCACCCACCACCUUCCGCUCGUUAAUCACACUCGCUCGUAGGGCUUAUGUCCUUGCCACACUCGAGACCUCAACUGUCGAGAGACCAUAGCUCCAGAUUUAAAGAACAUCUCUCUGUAUACAUCCCGCAACCAGACGUUCAAGCGGAAUCUUCACGCUUUUCCCCCGACUCUUCGCUGGCGGGACCAUCGCACACUCUUUCUGAGUCCUGGCCCAACGCAAGUACAGUGCGCUCGCUCACCCCGACUCAUUCUGUACCAGUUCGUGAAUGUAUUCGAGACUCGGAGGCGCACUCUGUGCCACCGAGUAUUGCUCCAUCGUCGCGCAAGUCUCGCAUCGGGAAGCUCCUCUUCGACAUCCGCACACUCGCGCGCGACAAGGAGCCCGAGGUUGUACAAGAAUCACGGUUGCAGCCCUGGCCGCCGCUACACAUCGAGAAGCGGGGCUGCUGCCACGACUGUCCGUGUCACGCAGUACCGAAGAAGAAGAAGCGGCGCCGGGCAAUCCUUAUCGCGAUUCUCAUCCUGAUCAUCCUCUAUCUGCUGGGCAAUGUCGCCGUGCUGAACACGCGUGUGUUCGCGCCUCAGAGCGUGGUCUUGGUGUCAAAUGGCACCGCAGCCUCACCUGAGUUGUCGGCAGAGGCACAGCAGUGCCUCACGCAGUACACCGUGAACGCCCCGUCGAACCCCGCGGGCUAUCCUUGCUCGACAUGUCUGCCCACGCUUCAGGCUGUUCCAACGAACUUCUCGGAUGGAAACCCCCAAGACAGCCAGCAGCUGCUAAAUGCGGUUCAAUUCUGUGGCUUACGGGCCAUCUUUGAGACAAGUGACAACGACGGGCAGACCGCCUUGAAGAACGGCGACUGGGUCCAGGACGUGAAGUUCUGCUCAUGGAACGGUGUCUCUUGUGAUAACGCAGGACAGGUUUCUUCAUUAUCACUGACCUUCCCCGGAGUACCAGCCUCCCUGCCGAACGAACUUGGCGCACUUAGUGGUCUCCAAAGUCUGACUGUAGUCGGAAACUCCGCUAUUCCCGCUGGCACGUUGCCGAGCAACUUUACUACAUGGACUUCGCUGAAUACUCUCUAUCUGGAAUCGACCGCCAUCACUUCCGUUCCGGAUAAUAUCUUCUCAGUGGCGAAGACGCUCUCGACGCUGACCUUGGUCAAGAAUAGCCAGAUGGGCAACGGCCUGCCUUCAAGCAUCACGAGCUCAUCACUUCAGAACCUCAUCGUCAAUGAUCAAAGUUUAGCCAACCCGCUGUCACAGCUGUCGUCGUCUAGCUCGCUCCAGACAUCAUUGAAGCUUCUUGACCUCUCUUCAACGUCAAUAUCUGGUGUCAUCCCUUCAUCUAUCUCUUCCUUCUCCUCGCUGGUCGAGCUCCAUCUAGACUCCAACAGCCUCACGGUACCUCUGCCGUCGUCCUUCCCUGCACCCUUGCAGGUGCUCUCCCUCUCGAACAACACGGGCCUCACUGGCUCUGUGUUGGGUUCGUUCUGUUCUCUCAGUAAUCUCCAGACAUGCAACAUGCAAAACACAGGUUUAGUCGCCCCAAGCGGAUGCGGGAUCUGUCAAUUCUCUUCUACUUCAUCUUCUACUUCAUCUCCCACGGCUACCACAGCUGCAUAGGUCGGAUUUUUUUUAGCUCUCUUCUCAGUCCACCUCACACGUUCUUAUCGCAUAUGGACAACUGCAUUACACCCCAAGCACGUUCACAGUCUCUGACGAUUGUCUUAAGAAACUCGUGCGGAUCACUCCUUGCCUGAUGUACAUAGUUUGACAUUCGUUUGUAGCUAUGCACUCCUUCUGAGCUUACCAAACAAUGUAUCUCAUGACCAGUAUCCUCCAUGGCUUCCUCAGCUUUGCGUCUUUUUGUGCGCUGUCUGUACUUUCCGG